AUGAGCGGUCUCAAGCGCUCUUUGGAGGAGUCCUCUCAUGACGGCGAUAGGCCCUCGCCCUCGGACUCCUCUGUGUCCACAGUGAAGCCCGCAUCGCCCGCCGCGCCUUCGUCCGCGAGCUCGUUCCGCAAUGUGAGCGCGUGCAACCGCUGCAGGCUCCGCAAGAACAGAUGCGACCAACGCCUUCCCUCGUGCGCUUCAUGCGACAAGGCCAGCGUCAAGUGCGUGGGCUACGAUCCCAUCACCAAGCGUGAAAUUCCGCGCAGCUAUGUCUACUACCUUGAAACCCGCGUCGCAUACCUCGAGACAGUAUUGCAAGAGCAUUCGAUUACAUUCCAGGAAGCAGAAGACUUCAAUCCGGCCUUUGCGCCAAGCGCAUCUUCCUCGUCAAAGCCCGUAUCCGCUGCUGCUGCGCCGCCGCCUCGCAAUGGCACUACCAAGCAGACACCCGCCCAGGUCAAGGAGGAGAGCGAUAAAUAUGAUCGCGAGAAGCUGACAAAGCUUGUGUCAAACAUUGGAAUGGUCUCGGUGCAAGGCGCAAGUGACCCGCGGUACCUGGGCUCAACCUCCGGCAUAUCCUUUGCAAGAGUAGUGUUUGCUGCGGUCAAGAGCUCAGUAUCGGGCUCCUCCUCUGAGCGCGGAAGCAACCGCGGAGGCAAGGUGCCGAGCAACGUCGUCGACAGCGGCACCUCGAUGCGCGACUCGUUCUUUGGCCUGCAGACCAAGCCUACCAUCCGGCAGGCGCCCUUUCCUGACCGAGAGCUUGGGUCGCGUCUGGUUGAGCUGUACUUUGAGCACGCAAACCCGCAGAUUCCCAUUCUGCAUCGUGGCGAGUUCAUGGAGCUGUUUGAGCGCGUGUACGCCUCGGGGGAGCGGAACCGCACGUCGCGAGAAUCAUACAUGCUCAACAUCGUUUUUGCCAUAGGCGCUGGUAUCAUACUGGGCAGUUCCGACUCUGAGGGCUCGCCGACGUCGGACCACGGCCGUUUCCCAACCAAGUCACGAUCAUCACCACCGAGUAGUAAGAAGCGGCGACUUGCAGGUCACCAGCAUCAUCCCGAAGAGUACCAUGCUUCCGCGAUUGUGCAUCUGGAAAACUUUCUGGGCUCGUCCCCUGCUGCGGACCGGCCCGACGGCUUCGGCGGUGGACUGGAGGAACUACAGGCUGUGCUACUUCUUGCAGGCUUUGCGCUCCUCAGACCCGUGGCCCCGGGUUUGUGGUAUAUUGUCGGCGUUGCUGUCCGUCUUGGUGUCGAUUUAGGGUUGCAUUACGAAGAUGGUGUGGGCAUUGAUGGGGCAGCAUCGGAAGACCCGACUGCUGGGAAUUCGACUUCCAAGACCCAAGGUAACGGCAGUGCAACGGCUACUAGCAGUGCCAAUACCUCAAAGAUUGACGCCAAAGAACGAGGCCGCAGGCAGUGGGUUAGAGACUUACGGAGACGGUUGUGGUGGUGCGUUUACUCUCUUGACAGGCUUGUGAGCACAUGCGUUGGUAGACCAUUCGGCAUCACAGAUCAGAUCGUAACUACAGAGUUUCCCUCACUGCUCGAUGACCGUUACAUUACCAAGGAGGGAUUUUUGACACCACCGCCCCACCAAGGAAAGCCAACGUACAAGAUUGUGGCUCAUCAUUAUUUCCGGCUGAGACUACUGCAGUCUGAAAUCUUGCAGGUCCUGCAGCAUAGACAGGCACAGCAGGCAAGAGCAAGUGGUGCAAACAGACAAAACGAGUUUAUGCAUACCAAGCUGCCCUCCCCAUUCCUAGUCAACUUUGAGUCCUUCCGAGCCUGGCGCGUCGAUGUCGACAGGCGACUGUUGGAAUGGAAGGAUUCUGCGCCUACGCAGCAAGACGCUGGCGUGCAGUUUUCCCCCCUGUUUUUAGAACUCAAUUAUUGGCAAGCACUCAUCAUGCUGUACCGACAGAGCUUGGUGGUGCCAUCUGGCCUGCAGGACGAACUUGGCAACACUGGCUCCGACAUGGGAAGUCCGUCGAUGAGCAGCCUUGAAGAGAGAGAAGAUGAAGAUCUCGUCUUUCUCAAGGUAGCUGAAGCUGGGCAGAAAGUGCUCAAACUCUAUCGACAGCUGCAUCGGGUGCAUCUGGUCAACUACACGUUCCUCGCUACGCAUCAUCUCUUCAUGGCGGGUAAGUACAUUUUAGGCAUCUCCUUUCUAUACGCAGUAUGGCAUAGUGUCCACGUACGGAGCUUAUUGUCACUUGACGACGUCGACUUUACCGUCCUAGCCGCCACAUCCGUCUUGGGUGAUUUGAUCGACAAAUGCCCGCCUGCAGAAGCGUGUCGUGACGCGUUUGACCGAAUGAGCAAGGCGACGAUUCAGAUGUGCAUGUCGACAACUGGUUUCGGGCCCCAGGCGCUGCGCUCCAUGCCGCAGCUCCAUCAACACUAUUAUUCACAAAGUUCGCCAAGCAAAACCCACUCGUCUGCAGAUGCAGAUACGAGGUCCGACACUGACAUGCAGGGUUACGGCGCAGCAGACACAGCGGGGUUCUUCAGCCAGCAGCAACGCCAGCAUCAGCAGCAAUCUCAGCAGCCACAGCAGCGGCGACCAAUACCGCGCUUCGACAUGAACCUCAAGGACCUCUUCUCCGACGACGAAACAGACAAACGCUCCUUCAGCCGCGUCAGCAACCAGGUAAACGCCAUGCGGCCCCCACCACCGCCGCUAAAACAACAACUCCAACAACCCUUUACCGCCGACCUCAAAAUCUCCCCCCAACUCCGCCAUCCCUCUCUCCAACAACAACAACAGCAGCAGCAGCCGCAACAAGCCCCUUUCUACCCCCAAAGCCCAACCCAACAAUCAUCUACCACUAACACCUUCUCCACCACACCCCCGGCAAACCCCCCAAUGCCCUCUCCCUACCAAGUCCCUUCCUACCCACCCUUUUCCCAAAAUCUCAAUUCCUCUUACCCUGACCUCGCAGGCUUCUCCGACCUCGACUUCCUCGAGAGCUUUCCCUUACAAGGCGCAAGUGGUGGCGUGGGCGGAGCAGCAAAUAGCGACGGUAGCGCUACGAGCGCCAUGCAAGAUGUAGGUAUAGGCUUUGGUAUGGGCUUCGGUGAUGGCACGCAUGAUUGGAGUGAUGGUAAUGGGUUAGAUCUUUUUGAUGGGUUUUUCUUCGGUAAGUUCCUCUUUCGCUUUUUUCUUCUUGUUUUGGCUUUAGUUGUCCUUUUACUUGGGUGA